AUGGUGACGGAUGAUGAUGGUUGUGAUGGUGAAGCUAAUGAUGGGGGUCAGGGUGAUGGUGGUGCUCAUGGUGACGAGGAAUGGGAUCAGAAUGUUGGUGGUUGUACUGAUGGUGAAGCUAUUGGUGGCGGGAAAGGUGGUGACUGUAAUGAUGGUGAUGAUGGUGGCGAUUCUGAUGAUAGCGGCGAGGGAGAUCAGGAUAGUGUUUAUGAGGACAGCGAUGUGACUAUGAGGAUAGUGAUGAUGACGAUGCUAAUGGUGGCGGCAAAGGGGAUAAAGAUGAUAGUGACUGUGAUGAUGGUGACUGAUGAGGAGGCGUUGUAA